AAAAAAAUCCUUUCCAGCUUCAUGUCGCAUUUUACGCGCGACCUCGCCGCCUUCCUUGCCUCCCGAACUUGGAAUGAACAGCAGAUCGAUGACUUUGAGGCAUCCCGUGAAGUUUCCAGGAACAUAGUGAACUUCAUUGGUUGGGACAAUUCUACCCAGCCGCUGAUCGACUUUUGGGUGGUACUCACCAUGGUCAAGGUCAUCCAGGAUGGCCGCGACGCCUCUGAUAUUGGCCCUCAGGGCAUGGGUAGCAAACCAUUUCCUGCGCUUGGAAUGGGUCAUCUGGUCAAUGUGAAUUGCUACCAGAAGAAAUACAUGAAACUGGAAGCAGCCACUGCGGUGAAGCUUUGCCAAAUGCUGCAUGCCAAUGUGGAUGCGUUGAUGAUGUCCAAUGAAUCGGAGAGAGCCUUGCAGUUGCUGCAAGAUGUCCAGGACAGCUUUGAGGCAGCUCUUGCUUUCUUGGAGAAGACCAGUUAGAAGCCUUGGGAGUCGUAUGGUUUUUGCAGAACCAGAGGUGUUGGAGUUCGCCUGUUGCUUCAGGCUUUUUAUCAAAGCAUACCGCUUGCAGCUUGGGAGAAAA